AUUUACAGACCAGUGGGGUGAAAGUCAGAAUUGGCUAACCCAACGCUUCUAUAAGGGGCAGAAAUCAAGACGAAACCAUUUUUUUUCCAUUUUCAUUUUGAUAUAUUUUGUCGACGUUUGAAAACACUAGAGGGAAUCUAAUUUUGUGUAGAAGAGUCUGUCCCUGGAACCAUCUAAAACCGUUAUAAACUUUCCAAGGCUGGACACUUUGUAACCGGUUUGAAAGAUGAAGACCUCAAGAUGGUGGCAGCAAUGUUCAGUCAUCAGCUUCCUGUUAGGGGUGUGGCUUCCUGCCUGGAUCCUGGCCCAGACCACGCCCCGUCCCCAGGGCAUCACCUCCCCCAAACCCCAAAAGGUCCGGCUGCAGUUUCGUCUGGUGGGGUACCCCCGGAAGCACAAUGAGGGGCGCAUCGAGGUCUUCUACAAGGGAGAGUGGGGGACCAUCUGUGAUGACGACUUCUCUCUGUCCAACGCCAACGUCCUCUGUCGCCAGCUGGGCUUCGUCUCCGCUACGGGGUGGACACAUAGCGCCAAGUACGGCAAGGGCCUAGGGAAGAUCUGGCUGGAUAAUGUGCAGUGUAACGGAGGGGAGAAGAGCAUUGAGCUGUGUAAGUCUCGAGGCUGGGGCAACAGUGACUGCACACACGAUGAGGACGCUGGAGUCAUCUGCAAGGACGAGAGGCUUCCUGGUUUUGUCGACUCCAACAUCAUCGACGUGCAGGUGGAUGAGAACAAGGUGGAGAAGGUGCGUCUGCGUCCGGUGGUGUUCACCAAGAAGAUGCCCGUCACCGAGGGCGUUGUGGAGAUUAAGUACAAGGACGGCUGGGCCCAGAUCUGUGAUGUGGGGUGGACCCCCAAAAAUACCCGGGUCAUCUGUGGUAUGCUGGGGUUCCCCCACGAAAAGAAGGUCAACAAGAACUUCUACAAACUGAACACAGAGCGUCAGAGGCAGCAGUACCUCCUCCACUCUGUGGCGUGUGUUGGCACUGAGGUCCACCUGGCAGCCUGCCCCAUGGAGUUCAACAAGGGUAAUGCCACAGGCUCCUGUAAGGGCGGCAUGCCAGCCGUGGUCAGCUGUGUCCCUGGACCACAGUACGUACAGAACAACGCACUGAAGAAGAAGAAACUGAAAACCACGAGUACGGUGAGGCUGAAGGGUGGUGCCAAGCUGGGUGAGGGCAGAGUGGAGGUGCUGAGGAACAAUGAGUGGGGCACAGUGUGUGACGACCGUUGGACCCUGCUGUCAGCCAGCGUGGUGUGCAGGGAGCUGGGCUUCGGAUCCGCCAAGGAGGCCCUGACUGGGGCUCGCAUGGGACAAGGGAUGGGUCCUAUCCACAUGAAUGAGGUCCAGUGUCUGGGGACGGAGAAGUCGAUGUGGAACUGUGUCUUUAAGAACAUAACCUCAGAGGACUGCCAGCAUGUAGAAGACGCCUCUGUGAGGUGCAACACGCCCUACAUGGACCUGGAGAACUCGAUCCGCCUAACAGGGGGGCGAACGCGCUAUGAGGGGCGGGUGGAGGUGCUGAGCACGGAGGCUAACGGGACCAGGAGCUGGGGGCUGAUCUGUGGAGGGGCCUGGGGCACCAAGGAGGCCAUGGUGGUCUGCAGACAGCUGGGGCUAGGCUACGCUAACCACGGCCUGCAAGUGCGUAUCGUGGGAGGCAGGACGUACUAUGAGGGCCGUGUGGAGGUUCAGGUGGGGGCGCGGUGGGGCACGGUGUGCUCUGCAGGCUGGACCACUAAAGAGGCCAUGGUAGUCUGCAGACAGCUAGGCCUGGGGUACUCCAUGCAUGCCAUCACUGAAACGUGGUACUGGGACAGUAGUAACGUAACCGAGAUGGUGAUGAGUGGUGUGAAGUGUACAGGAAACGAGAUGUCUCUGAGCCACUGCCAGCAGCACAGAACCGUCAGCUGUCAGAAGACUGCUGCCAAGUUCUCUGCUGGGGUCAUCUGCUCAGAGACGGCGUCUGACCUGGUCCUGAAUGCUCCCCUGGUCCAGCAGUCGGUGUACAUCGAGGACCGCCCCCUCCACAUGUUGUACUGUGCAGCGGAGGAGAACUGUCUGUCUAAGUCUGCCGCUAGCGCUAACUGGCCCUACGGACACCGCCGUCUGCUGCGGUUCUCCUCUCAGAUCCACAACAUCGGACGGGCCGACUUCAGGCCCAAGGCUGGACGCCACUCCUGGGUCUGGCACGCCUGCCAUGGCCACUACCACAGCAUGGAUAUCUUCACCCACUAUGACCUGCUGUCGUCCAACGGGACCAAGGUGGCUGAGGGACACAAGGCUUCCUUCUGUCUGGAGGACACAGAGUGUCACGAAGGUAUCUCUAAGAGGUAUGAGUGUGCUAACUUUGGAGAGCAGGGCAUCACCGUGGGGUGUUGGGACCUGUAUCGCCAUGACAUCGACUGCCAGUGGAUCGACAUCACCGACAUCAAACCAGGAAACUACAUCUUACAGAUUGUGAUCAAUCCAAACUUUGAAGUGGCAGAGAGCGACUUCACCAACAACGCCAUGAAAUGCAACUGCAAAUACGACGGCCACCGGAUUUGGCUUCACAACUGCCAUAUGGGUGAUGCCUUCAGUGAGGAGGCAGAGAGGAGGUUUGAGAAAUACCCAGGGCAGUUCAACAAUCAGAUCUCAUAAUCCGCCUAGCAACACACCAAUCUGUUCCAGACCCAUGUACAAACCAAAGAGAGGGGCGGAUGUGUCUCACCAUGUUCAACAAUGGGACAACCAAUCACCCUUUAUCACCUAGCUACCUAUCAGAACCCCUGUUCAUCAUCACAUCACAAAGCAACCAACCAAUCACAACCAACAUCACAAAAUCACAAGCCUAAAUCCCAAACAAAAUUCCACAAGGCAGCAGUCCAGAUCUUAACUGAAGGACCCAUGCUAAAGUCAAGUUAUAUUGUGAAUGUGUUGGUGUAUGUCUGAGUUGCUGUUGUUGUUGUUGUUGUUGUUAUUAUUAUUAUUAUUAUUAUUAUAUUAUACUGGAAUACUCAGUGCUUUGUUUUGAAAACAAACUUAUUUUAGAUUCUUUGUUCAAAUGUGAGUAUAUUAUGUUAUAUUGCGUGACAGAAGAACAAGUCAUAGGAUUUCAUACAACUAGUCUUAAUGUCUGAUUUAUUGAUGUGCAAGCUUUUCAUGAAUGUUUGAAUGAAGUUAUGAAUGAAAUGUUAGUUUUAUUGCCAGUCUAGUUUUGAAAGGUGCUCCAGGAGAAGACCUAAUUCUUCUAACAGCCUUCUUCAGUCAGAGAACCAUCCUACUGCAUCUCCAUCGUAGACUUCGAUAGACAACUCUAGUGCCCUAAAAGCCUUCUUCAGUCAGAGAACCAUCCUACUGCAUCUCCAUCGUAGACUUCGAUAGACAACUCUAGUGCCCUAACAGCCUUCUUCAGUCAGAGAACCAUCCUACUGCAUCGCCAUCGUAGACUUCGAUAGACAACUCUAGUGCCCUAAAAGCCUACUUUAGCACGCCAUUGAGGACUUUCACCAUUUUUAAGUAGUUGACUGGUUGGGACUUCCUAUUGGUUAAGGAAAGAUCACAUGAUUCCAUCCGGGUCAUCAGGAGGGAUCAGCCGAUGAAUUAUACUCCUGAGCAAACAUUCCAUAACUGCAGGUGUCAGUAAGUCACCAACCUUGGCUUUAUACCUGUUCAGACCUGUUCAGUCUCCAGGUGGCAGUAAGUCACCAACCUUGGCUUUAAACCUGUUCAGACCUGUUCAGUCUCCAGUUGGCAGUAAGUCACCAACCUUGGCUUUAAACCUGUUCAGACCUGUUCAGUCUCCAGGUGGCAGUAAGUCACCAACCUUGGCUUUAAACCUGUUCAGACCUGUUCAGUCUCCAGGUGGCAGUAUGCCCCCCUGUGUUUGUUAACCAACUCAUUAGAAGUAGUAGAGGAAGACGUUGAUUACUUUAAAAUAGAGAAAGCCCAUGCUGUCACAGAAGCCAUUAUGGCACAAAGGUAAGGAAACCUCUGGAAAGGAAAGGAAAGGAAACCUCUGAAAGGAAACCUCUGUGAUCUCCACGCAGUUCUACUACCAGAUCAUACGUGAAGAUCUGUGUAGAUGGAAUAUCUAAAAUGAUUAGCGUUUUAAUUCUCAAGUGUUAAACCAUCCAUCCCUAGUCAGUUUGUCAUUCAGCCUGAUUAUGCCAUGUUUUAAAACACAGUGCUCAUCUAAUGGUCUUACUCUUUUAUGAUUUGAGGCUGUUCUGGAUCUCCUAUGAGGAUAUGGUUUGGAUCUCCUAUGAGGAUAUGGUUUGGAUCUCCUAUGAGGAUAUGGUUUGGAUCUCCUAUGAGGAUAUGGUUUGGAUCUCCUAUGAGGAUAUGGUUUGGAUCUCCUAUGAGGAUAUGGUUUGGAUCUCCUAUGAGGAUAUGGUUUGGAUCUCCUAUGAGGAUAUGGUUCGGAUCUCCUAUGAGGAUAUGGUUUGGAUUUGCUUGUACACAAAGGGGCCGAUUCCGACUUAGGAAUUCACACCUUCCUACGCUGGCCUUUCCUACGCACUUCUCAGUAUUUGGUAUUCAGACUUCGCUUAUUCAGUCACAUAAUGCACUCUGCAGGUGUGGCUACCGUGCGCUCUGAAUAAAUUUCAUUCAACCACUGAAAAUC